ACAUCUGGAAGUCCAGAUUAAACACAGAAAUGGAUUACACAAAAAGAGCUGACAUAAAUAUGAACACAUAAAGAUCAAAUAAUCUUUUGAUACAUCUACAAACAAACUAAACUGCUGGUCCUGUGGAUUAGAACCAGCCUAUCUCAUAAAUUCAUACACACCAACAUGUUUAAUGCCUGUAAGAGUCUAUAAUGUGUGCAUCAACUAUAUUUAAUGUAUAUUUACAUAAAGGAUAUACAUUUCAUAUAUUUGUAUUUAAAUGUGUGUAUUAUUUACAUUUGUAUAUAAAUUAAUAAAAUAAAUGUUUUUUUUAUGCAAAUUAUGCCCUAUUUCCAAAAGUCAUCACACUUUGCUUAACGCAAUGUUACGCUAUUACUGCUGCAAAAAGCAGGCUGUAAACUGAGUGUUUUGUACCUUUUCUAUCGAUUGCUGAUACAAUGCAGACAAUUAAACAACACUAUCAGCAAGCACAAUUUAUUCUUAGUGAAUUCCAAAAUUAUGUCCAUCUAUAAAGGCCUGCUUACACCAAGACGAAUAUUUGGUAUAAAAAAAAUUGUGUGACAAACACAAUUUGAUUGAAGGGGUGUUAAAGGAGACCUAAUAUACCCCUUUUUCACAAGAUGUAAUAUAAGUGUCUGGUGUCCUCAGAAUGUGUCUGUGAAGUUUCAGCUCAAAACAGAUAAUUUAUUAUAGCUUGUCAAACUUUCUCCUAUUUGGAUGUGAGCAAAAAUGCGCAGUUUUUGUGUGUAUCCUUUUAAAUGCAAAAGAGGGCGGAGCUUUAACAGCUCGCGCUUCGGUUGCUCUUCAGCAACAAAGCUGGAGAAUCUCACGCAGGCAAAAUGAGGAUUGUCAGUAACGGUGUUCAGCCUUACAUUGUUCAAACCGGAGUCGGACACUGAUGGAGAGACUCAGGAAGAAGUUGCAACUUUUAGAAUGAAACUGGACGUUUCUGAAUGGUUAGUGGAUAAAUUCAUGUAGUUGCUGUGGAGUUGAUUCAACUCAUCAACGAGCAUGUGCCGUCAUGUUAAUCUUUUGUGCAAAUUCAGCGUUGAACUGAAAAAAAAAAAAAACAGUGAAUCCAAAAUCGUCCAACUGAUGCUAACUGCCAACAGUCAGCAGACUACAUUGCAUCCCUUCUCAGAUGUUACAUGACCUUACAAAUGCCAACUGAACAUGUUCAAACUUCAAACAUGUCAAACACGUUUGAAGUCUUCAAACACAUUAACUUUGUCUCAAAACCUAGUGAGGUGCCCUACCUAGUCAGCAUUUUGAACAUCAUAGGAACAUGUACCAUUUUGGCUGUCUGGCUAAGACAUGUUCAUGAACAAGUUCAAUCGGUCAAAACAAGCACCAACCAAUGCCAACAGACACAGACAGACACACUGAUCCGACAAAACCCAACAAAGUGUCUGUUGUGGUAUGAAUUGACCUUUUGACUUCCUUUCUUCUUCAUGAGAAAUGGGUGUCGAAACAGAAAGUUGUGCUGCACUUUGUGUCUCGGCAUGACUGGGUAUUUCUGCUUUUCUAAGCUGUAAGCUCAGUUUUUAAGCAUGUGAUAACAUGCACAAAUUGAACCGAUUUUUUGCUCCAAACAUUCGUUUUGGUGUGAACAAGCCUUGAGAAUACACAACAAUCUGCGUUAAUGUGCAGAUAUCACAGAAAUCCACACUGAAGGCACACAUUAAUGCACUGUUAUGGGCUUGCUGAACAGCUGCGUCUUUACUAAUGCUUUUAUCCAUGGUGGGGGUAUUGAUCUGUUUCUGUGGGGUUGAUGGCUGUGGUUUUGUACGUAUGCACAGAUGCAUGCUUUGAAUAAUUGGAGUGCCAGAUGGUUUAUUCUGUCACCCUGUGGGCGACCUUAGCCCAGAGCCUGAUAUAGCGCAAAACUACAUCCCAAACCCUCUAUAAUGAUUCUAAUACUAUGUGAACUCAAGGAAAACUGAAGGUGAUGCACAACAUUAUAUUCUAAUAGAUCAACCAUUAACAGUUAAUGCCAAACUUUGCGACACUAAGUAAUGGCAGAGCGAACACGCACAUGCGCAAACUCACACAAAUUACUGACGGGCCCUUCAGUAGGAAUGGCUAAUCCUGGUUUAUGAUUUUAUGGGCUGACCUUGGUUGAGCCAAAUGAAGAUAUUCAUCAUGUGCUAACUGAGAAAAGACACUUUCUCUUUCGCUCCCUCCCUUUCCGUGACACAGACAGGGAUGUCCUACUGAACUGUCGAAUCAGCUCUGUGCUGACUUCUCCCUUCCGGUCAAGGGGAAUUCAUGCACUUUACGGUUCACUGGGAAGGAAAAAAACAGUGCAGACUAAUUGCAUGAUAGUGAAGACGUCAAACUGUUCAAAGUACUGCGCCUGGAAGUCAAUGUUAUGCACAAAACUGGGUCAGCCUGUCAUGAUUAAGCUGUAGCCGGGAACACACUCAAGGUGAAGUGAGAGAAUGCUUUUCUCAAGCUGUCCACUUAUCAGGAAUCCCCAACAAAAUGUGAUUGCACCCAACGAACAACCUGAAGGAAUGUUACUGUAUAUUUGAGAAGACCUCCAUUGUCGAGGCUAAGAUGUUGAAGACGGAGGCCUCGGCAGAGAGGAAUACCCUGAGGAGCGCUUCCCCGCACCGGAAUGCUUACAGGACGGAGUUCCAGGCUCUAAAGAAGGCAUUUGACCAACCAAAACAGGAUGGAGACCCCAAACUCAAGGACCCGGAGGGGGUCAGGCAGCCUCGAGGGCGGCAAUACGGGGCCCACGUCAGUCGCAUCAAGAACAUGUUCAUGCAGAUGGGGACCGAGAGCACUGGGUCCAACAGACGAUCAAGGGAUGAGACCUCCCCACAGAAACUCAACAAGCCAACAAACUUCAUCAACAAGGCGGAUGGGUCAGUGGUCAAGUUCCAGCAUGGCACUGGAGAACGGACUGCCAGUGGCCAUCAUAACUCAAAGUUCUCAGAAACGAGGAAACUCUUUGAGCAGAGCUCCAGAGAUGCUUCACAGUCACCUGUGUACUCUUACGGCCGAGAGAAGAGGGGUUCUCACGAGCAUUUGGAUGACUGGCGGGGAGCACGUUCAAACAGAGGCAGUACGGACUCUUUGGAUAGUCUUUGCUCCAGGACAGAGGCCUCAUCUCCCACUGUGAGUCAGCUCAGUGCUGUGUUCGAAAAUAUUGAUCAGCAGGGCUCCGGUGCUACUUUCAGAAGAGGCCACGGAGGCGGAAGAGGGCUGUACUCCCCAGAUGGCUUACAGAGACACGGGGAGGCCAGCGAGGACGACACCAGUGCGCGACAGUCCCCGUCGCGUGGUUUUUACAGGACGCGAGUGGGUAGCAAGCACAAUCUGCCAGUUUCUUCAUCUUCAGAAGAUCUUCUCAGUCCUAGUCCUCUGUCUGAGGCCGUGGACCAAGUUAAACCAGACGAGAAGAAGCCCCAGGAGACCCCCGAGGUGGUUGAUGGAUCCAGUGAACCGAAACCAAAAGAUGAGGUAAACUCAACCAAGGCCGUGGAGGAUUCUUCAGUCAAUGACGCUGCAGGAAAUUCACAUGAGUCUACAGCUACCACAGCCCAUGAGGACACAGACGGUCAUGUGAAAGAGGAGUCUAGCCGGAUUACAGAGGAUCACAUUGAAGAACCCAAUGAGGAAUACUGUGGCAAUGAGAGAGUUAUUUUCACUGCCGAUGGAGAUGCUUGCUACCAGGGCUGGGGGGAGAGCUGCACGGACCUAGAGGAUGACCUGUACGAUGAUGACCUUUCCUAUGACCCAGGACCAGAGAUUACAGAGAUUCCUGGUCUUCCAGAAGAGGACAAGGAGGAAAUUCCACAAAAACGGAAAAUUAAAUUCAGCUCUGCACCCAUAAAAGUGUUCAAAACCUACUGCAAUGAAGAUUAUGACCGGAGGAAUGAAGAGGUGGACCCGGUGGCAUCCUCAGCUGAGUAUGAGCUGGAGAAACGGGUAGAGAAGCUGGAACUUCUCCCUGUGGAACUGGAAAAAGAUGAGGACGGCCUGGGCAUCAGUAUUAUAGGAAUGGGGGUCGGUGCUGACGCAGGCCUGGAGAAGCUGGGCAUCUUCGUCAAGACUGUCAUAGAGGGUGGAGCAGCAGAGAGAGAUGGCAGAAUUAAGGUGAAUGAUCAGAUCGUGGAGGUUGACGGCACAAGUUUGGUGGGAGUAACUCAGAGCUUCGCUGCUUCUGUCCUGAGAAACACGCAGGGUGUGGUUAGGUUUGUGAUUGGCCGAGAGCGUCCGGGUCAGCAGAGUGAGGUGGCUCAGCUCAUCAGUCAGACUCUGGAGCAGGAGAGACGUCAGAGAGAGAUGAUGGAGCAGCAGUACGCCCAAUACGACGCUGAUGAUGACGAGACAGGGGAAUAUGCCACAGAUGAAGAGGAGGAGGCAGGACAGACGGGAAGAGACAGAGAUGUGGCCAUUGAGGUUUUCGAUUUACCUGAAAAUGAGGAGAUCAUCUCGCCAUCAGAGCUGGAUGCCACCAAACUUUAUCAGAAGUUUCGAGAGCUGCAGAUUAAACACACUGUCACUGAAGCUGAGAUCCAGAAACUCAAGAACAAGCUGGCUGCAGUGGAAAAAGAGAAGGCACGGUGGGAGAGAGAGAAGACCCAGCUCAAGCAAAGCAUCGAGGAUAACAAGGAGAGGAUGCUAAAACUGGAGAGCUAUUGGAUCGAGGCUCAGACGCUGUGCCAUACGGUCAACGAGCAUCUGAAGGAGGCCCAGAGUCAGUAUCAGACCCUGGAGAAGAAGUACAACAAGGCCAAGAAGCUCAUUAAGGACUUCCAGCAGAGAGAGAUGGAGUUUGCACAGAGGGAAGAUGCAGAGAAGAAGAGGCUGGAGGAGGCGGAAAAGGCUCAUUUGGCUGAAAUCCAGAGUCUUCAAGUGAGGAUUGUUACUCUGGAGUCAGAGCUGAUGCAACUGAUGAAGCAAAAUGGCAUCCAGGUAAACAAUAACAACAACAGCGCUGAGAGCCGAGCCCAGCUGACUGAGAGACUGACAGCCUUACAGUGCCCAAGGACAAGUGUCACUGCAGCGGAACUGGACGAGCUGACAGGAGCCCAUGGAAAUCACACUGAGAGAGACGAGAGGGGCUCUAGGUCUCAAUCCUCCAGAGUGUCUGGUGCCACAGAGGCUGAUAAUGAGGGCUCUUCAGCAAGUCGAGAUGAAAAACAUGGCAAAAAAAUACUUGACUUGGGAUCUACUCUGAGGAAAAGCAACGGGAAAGAGCAGAAUCCAAAAGGAUCUCCUGGUAAAAGCUCCACAGGGCCUUCAGCAGAAAACAGCCCUGAAAGAUGCAAGAGCAAGAAAUCUCUUUCCUGGCCACGCUUCUUCUCCUAUUCAUAUUACGUGGGUCCUGGUGUCACUGAUGACCUCAGCCUCAGCAGCACGAGCUCCACAGAGAUCAGUGGUGCCCUGACCGACGUUAAGGUGUCUGGCCGAUCGCAAACACUAACGCUAUCCUCAGAUGAGAGUGUGGAUAUGAUUGAAGAUGAGAUUCUAGAUGACGGUCCGCCUCCAAAGCCGUAUCAGUGGCAGAACCGUAGUGUGACUGAAUGGACAUGUCAACAGGUGUCAUGUUGGCUCAUGGGUUUGAACCUGGAACAAUAUGUCUCUCUUUUUACUGCCAAGAAUGUGGAUGGAGAGCAGUUACUGAAGCUGGACAGCACAGCACUCAAGGCUCUGGGCGUAGAGUCCUCUCAGGAUCGGGCUCUGCUUAAGAAAAAGCUGAAGGAUCUGAAGUUGUUGAUGGAAAAAGCUCGUAGAAACAGAGAGAAAAUGGAGAAACAGCGCAAGAAAGAACUGGAGCAGGUUCAGAAACGGGUCCAGAAAAAUAGCAACUCCUCCGGACCAGGAGAGGGCGCUACUGAAUGACAGUACUUUUUAACCCUCACUACUAUCUCACCAUUUUAAGUACAGAUGAGUUCAGCGAUUCAAGAGACUCAAAGUUCAUUGCAAAAGGGGCUUAUUGCUACUGAGCUGCCAUUGGAUGAAUUGAAACCAAAAUGUCCAGAUAUGGAUUUUGUUAUUUUUACUGAACAACAUUCAGGUUUUUUCUUGUUUUAGCAGAAUAAUCACUGCUUUUUGGUUUCCUGUGUUUUAUGUCUGAUUAAUAUCUAUUUAUUUGCAUAUGGAGAGUAUGUAUGUUAACCGGAGCAUAUCAGCUCAUAACUCAUUCAUGACAGUUAAUAACUCUGCAUUACAAGCACCUUUAGACAUUGAGACAAUGUACAUAUGCAGAAAAAGUAAAUAUGAAUAUGUCUAACGUGCCAUUUUUCUAUCAAAACAAGGAUAGUUUGUUCAAGGAAAUGGGAAAGUUUUUAAUACGACUGCUUUGACAAAGCACAGGUCAUAGUGAUGGACAGUGUUGCUGUCGAGUGUCUCUUCACCUCAGACUAGAGUUUGAGUGCUGCUCAAAAGAACCACUACAGUCUGAUUCACUGGCGAACGCAAACCUUACUGUGAGAAGAAAGCCAUUCCGGGUAAUGAGAUAUCACGGACCCUCAUUGUGGAUAUUUCACUGUAUACUUUGAACCUACUGUUCGGAUCUCCUUCAACGACCUGCCAGUAUUCAAGUCGAAUACAACUGACGUGUACGUUCUUCUCCGAGCUUGAAACCUUCUAAUGAUCUUUGGAAGUCACGUGGUGGCAAUGCGAUACUAAACGAUUUCUCCAAAGAUGCGAGACUUGUAUUCUAAAAGAAAAAAGCAAGAAAAAAGCCCCUCUGCUGCUUCUAUUCCACAGCUACCUGCUUCUGCCCUCUCCAUCGCCCUGAGGUAGAUUCUCAGUUAGACCCAAGUGCUGCCUUUUGAAGUGCUUUAUGGUUUAUGGUUUGAGGUUACAGUUUGGAUCACGAUUGUGUGAAUGCACGUCUAUUUUACCGGCAUCCAAAUGUUGUAGAGCAGAUGACAAAUGUGCACUUAAAAUGGACCUAUAUCUAUAUACUAUAGAAGCUUGUUUCCGCCACAGAAUAAAAAAAAAAAGAUAAUUGCACCUUUUUAUCUCACAAUUCUGACUUUUUUUCUCACAAUUGCGAGAUAUAAAGUCGCAAUUGCGAGUUAUAAAGUCAGAAUUGCGUGAUAUAAAGUCGCAAUUGCGAGUUAUAAAGUCAGAAUUGCGUGAUAUAAAGUCGCAAUUGCAAGUUAUAAAGUCUGAAUUGCGUGAUAUAAAGUCGCAAUUGUGAGUUAUAAAGUCAGAAUUGUGAUAAAGUCGCAAUUGCGAGUUAUAAAGUCAGAAUUGCGUGAUAUAAAGUCGCAAUUGCGAGUUAUAAAGUCAGAAUUGCGUGAUAUAAAGUCGCAAUUGCGAGUUAUAAAGUCAGAAUUGCGUGAUAUAAAGUCGCAAUUGUGAGUUAUAAAGUCAGAAUUGUGAUAAAGUCGCAGUUGUGAGUUAUAAAGUCAGAAUUGCGUGAUAUAAAGUCGCAAUUGCGAGUUAUAAAGUCAGAAUUGCGUGAUAUAAAGUCGCAAUUGCGAGUUAUAAAGUCAGAAUUGCGUGAUAUAAAGUCGCAAUUGCGAGUUAUAAAGUCAGAAUUGUGAUAGUCGCAAUUGCGAGUUAUAAAGUCAGAAUUGUGAUAAAGUCGCAGUUGUGAGUUAUAAAGUCAGAAUUGCGUGAUAUAAAGUCGCAAUUGCGAGUUAUAAAGUCAGAAUUGCGUGAUAUAAAGUCGCAAUUGCGAGUUAUAAAGUCAGAAUUGCGUGAUAUAAAGUCGCAAUUGCGAGUUAUAAAGUCAGAAUUGUGAUAGUCGCAAUUGCGAGUUAUAAAGUCAGAAUUGCGUGAUAUAAAGUCGCAAUUGUGAGUUAUAAAGUCAGAAUUGUGAUAGUCGCAAUUGCGAGUUAUAAAGUCAGAAUUGUGUGAUAUAAAGUCGCAAUUGUGAGUUAUAAAGUCAGAAUUGCGUGAUAUAAAGUCGCAAUUGCGAGUUAUAAAGUCAGAAUUGUGAUAGUCGCAAUUGCGAGUUAUAAAGUCAGAAUUGCGUGAUAUAAAGUCGCAAUUGUGAGUUAUAAGGUCAGAACUGUGAUAAAGUCGCAAUUGCGAGUUAUAAAGUCAGAAUUGUGUGAUAUAAAGUCGCAAUUGCGAGUUAUAAAGUCAGAAUUGCGUGAUAUAAAAGUCGCAGUUGUGAGUUAUAAAGUCAGAAUUGCGUGAUAUAAAGUCGCAAUUGCGAGUUAUAAAGUCAGACUUGUGAUAAAGUCGCAAUUGCGAGUUAUAAAGUCAGAAUUGUGUGAUAGUUGCAAUUGCGAGUUAUAAAGUCAGAAUUGUGUGAUAGUUGCAAUUGCGAGUUAUAAAAUCAGAAUUGUGAGAUAGUCUCAAUUGCGAGUUUUAAAGUCAGAAUUGCGAGAUAUACUCACAUUUGUGAGUUAUAAAGUCAGAAUUAUGUGAUAGUCACAAUUGCGAGUUAUAAAGUCAGAAUUGUGUGAUAGUCUCAAUUGCGAAUUUUAAAGUCAGAAUUGCGAGAUAUACUCACAUUUGUGAGUUAUAAAGUUAGAAUUGUGAUAAAGUCGCAAUUGCGAGUUUAUAUCACGCAAUUCUGAGAAAAAAGUAAGAAUUGCAAUAUGUGAACUUGCAGUUGCAAAGAAAAAAGUCAGAAUUGAGAGAUAAAAAGUCGCAAUUACCUUUUUUAUUUUUUAUUCAAUGGUGGAAACAAGCUUCCAUAAUAUCAUAACACUACCAUUCAAAAGUUUAGGGUUAGUAAGAUUUUUUUUUAAUACUUGCAAGCAGGGCCUAAAACUAACUUUUUGCUACACCUGCCAAUGGCCGGUGACUUAAGAAAAUUUAUCGGCCAUAAAUAUUUUUUACCAGCCAUGAAACAAAGAUUAAUCCUUACCAAAGUUACAGAAGUUAUUCAGUCAUUAGCAAUUAGUGAUUGUUCUUUGUCUUUUGUUGUUUAACAUUAAAAACAGACAGCAGCAGGUUUAUUAGGCUGCUGUCACUUUAAGAGCGAAUGCACGGAUCCAAUAUACUGAUACACAUGCGUUUUCUUUCUCAACUGUUUACAUUCAGUUAAGACAUAACUAUGUUAUGUUUACAAGGAUAUUGCCAAGACAUAAGAAGACGUGAAAGAGAGCUCAGAUCAGUAUUUGCACACUGUUUGAGAUGCGGAUUUCUGGGCGCACUCAUCGGAUGUUUGCAUAUGAAACUUCCUACACAGCGUGCGAGUAACGAAUUGAGUUCCCUUUACUGAACAACAUAUACAGUUUUAAACAUUGAUGAUAAACAGAAAUGCUUCUUGAGCAGCAAAUCAGAAUUAUUUCUGAAGGGCCACGUGACACUGAAGACUGGAGUAUGAUGCUAAAAAUUCAGCUUUGCAUCACAGGAAUAAACUUUUGAAUGGUAAUGUAUGUUAUUUUAUCAGUAUAGACUUUAUUUAGUUUGAUCCCAUUGUUUGUUUUUUUAUCAGUAUUUGUCACACUCACAAAGAGAGCACCGUAACGUGGUAAAUAAGUGUUUUAUAAUGUAAUUUACUGCAUAGAGUAACCAAUAUAGCCUCUAUCGAUUUAUCCUGGGUUGUAUUUUAAAAUUUAUGCAACACAUUUCCCUUAUGUAUCCAUUGCAAGUGUACAAAACACAGUAGCCUACAGACGUCGCUUUUGCAUUUCAGAUUCCGCUUUGACGAGUCAAACAGUAUUAAGCCUGCGUUCUUUUCACUGCCCAGUUUUUUCUGUCCAGAUCACAUUUUUCUCAAUUCUGCAUUCUUGUAAACAUGCUGUUCUCCCAUCUGUGAUGAUGUUCAUGUUUACAUUUGAAUUACUGGUUAUUUCCAUAGCAACAUGAAGGCAGCUUCAGUGUUACUUGGGCACUGUACAGAGAACAUCAGGCAGUGCCUGAUGACCCUGUGGAUUUAUUACAAGCACUCAAAUGUGACUCCAUGUAAGAUUAUAUUCACUGUUAAUUACUGAAUUAUUUAUCUCUAAUAAUUUGAAGUCUGUCAUAGUCUAUUUAUUUUUGUUCCCAAUCAAAGAAAUGUUUGUAAAUCAGUUCACGUUAUUUAUUUACGAAGCAAAAAAGUAUUACCAAAACAAAAAAAAAAUGUUAUACAUUGUAAUCAAAAAGUCAGAGAAUUAGUAUGUUUCUUCAUUAGCUCACAAUGCUCUUGUGAACAUAUCUUUAUAUGCUCGUCUUAACAUGAAAUCCUUUCUAGCCCUCUAACUGGAAAAUAACCUGCUGUAGAUCCAAAUCUAACCUGCCUGUCCAUUUACUAUAUACUGACUUUUGUAUGUGAAAGUUGAAGCAAUAGCUUUUAAGCCCGGUGUUUUGUUUGUUUGUUUGUUUUUAAAUCAAUUUCCAUGAGGAGACUGAAGACCGGGUCUGUCUGUCUGAAUGUGUCUGUGUGCAGGGAUAAUCACGUACUGAUUUGAUGACAGAAAUGUGUUUCUCGUUCGUGGGUUGUUUUGUUGUUCUCACUAUACAGCAGAGUCGGUCAGGGUAUAUAGAGGAGCUGCACGCAAAACACCUGAGAAAAGAGCAUUAACCUGUGUAUUUUCUUUUGUCAUACCCGCAUGAGGGACCUUAAUGUGCCAUAGCCUACCCAUUCUUUCCAAAACUACUCAAUUUUAUCUUUUAUUUUUGUUCAUAAAAAAUUAAAAGCCUUGUGAAAGUUUGUCAUGUUGGACUGUAAAUACACUUCAAAUGACAUAUUUGGUCAGAGAAAUACAAUGAAAGAUCAUUCCAAA